CUCUUCAUCUCUGCAGAUUCCAGCCCUCCUGCGCGCCUCCUGGCCACCCGACCCUGCUGUGGCCCUGGUCCUGAGCGGCGGGCGGUCCUGGGCGAGGCGCCGCGCUUCCACGCGCAGGCCAAAGGCAAGAACGUGCGGCUGGACGGCCACUCGCGCCGGGCCACGCGGCGCAACAGCUUCUGCAACGGAGUCACCUUCACGCAGCGGCCCAUCCGCCUGUACGAGCAGGUGCGGCUGCGCCUGGUGGCCGUGCGCCCCGGCUGGAGCGGCGCGCUGCGCUUUGGCUUCACGGCGCACGACCCCUCGCUCAUGAGCGCGCAGGACAUCCCCAAGUACGCCUGUCCCGACCUGGUCACGCGGCCUGGCUACUGGGCCAAGGCGCUGCCCGAGAACCUGGCACUGCGCGACACGGUGCUGGCCUACUGGGCCGACCGCCACGGCCGUGUCUUCUAUAGCGUCAACGAUGGCGAGCCCGUGCUUUUCCACUGCGGCGUGUCCGUGGGCGGCCCGCUCUGGGCCCUCAUCGACGUCUACGGCAUCACUGACGAGGUCCAGCUACUGGGUACCCUGGUUUACUCAGCUGUUCCUGGACCCACUCAUCCUGGCAUGUGUUUACUCCUCUGGCUCCUAUUCAUUUAUUCACCCAGCAGUCGAGCUUAUGCCAAGCGGGAGUCAGAUGUAGCAGCCAGAGCCAGGCUCACUGUGAAGGGGCUCAGG